AGGGCUGAAGGGCCUGUUUCCACACUGUAGGGAAUCUAAUCUAAUUUAAUGGCUUGUCCUUUGGAGGGGAAUCCACAAGUGAUUGUGCUCUUGUACACUAAAGACCCUUGUUUGUUAAUAAGUUUGUUAUUUGGAAUGUGCCAUUAAAGGAACAUUGCGAUGUUGUUCGGGUACAGCUUGUAUAUAAGCACUGGGCAACAGUGAGCAGUGAUGGAAUGAUUGUUUAAUUAAGAUGAUUCGUAGGGGAGUUGUAAAGGGGGUAAUCUAUCGUACUUGCAGUGAGAAAUGAUGUUUGUGAUUUUGGGUAAUUUUAAUACCUGAUCGGAUGGAUUCCAAGCUGGAAUUGUGGGAAAGGUGGACACAGAUUCAGGAAGUAACAAGUGAUCCAGUGAUACUCUAGAGGAAAGGCAGAAUGCAAAUAAUGAUGGCUUUCUAUUGGUACAAGGGAUCACAAGUAUUUUUUUUGAGGGGAGAUCACUAGAGCAAUUUGUAUUUACAUACAAAACAAUCCCAAAGUAUUUCUCAAGGGCAUCAUGAAGCAACUUUUGAUGCCCAGCCCUACACAUACUAUUCAAAGAGGAUGAUCAAAUGGUUGAUCAAGUAGGUAGAUUUUGGGAAUAUCUAAAUGGUAGAAAGAGGAAAAAUCCAAUGCAUAGUGCUUUGACGUCUAUAGACAUGAGGGCAAUUUAAAACAGGUGGUUCAAGGCAGAUAUUGGAGGAGCAAUGAUAUCUCAAGGCUAUAGUGCAGAAAGAGAUUAAAGGGAUUUGGAGAUGGGGUGUGGUGGUUAUUUAUGGUGAUAGUGAGACCACAAAGGGACUUUAAAAUGAUGAAAUUUUUCAAAUGUACAUAUUGCUUCACUGGGAGCCAGUUUGAACUCUUUUACUGGCGUUGCAAAUGGAGAAAAUGGAAAGAAGUAUCUUUAUCUUGUAACAUCUAUACUUUUUUGGGAGAUAUAUGCAACAUGUUUGGUGCACUUCUAGCAAAACAGCUGAGUAUUCAGGUUUUUACAGCAGCUUAUGUGGCUGCAGUGGAUAUUCUUCAGUUUAUAUUAAUCCUGUUUCCUGUGUGCGGUUCAAGAUCCAGAUCAAAAACAGGUCGGCCAAGACAGAGGAAUAAAAGAAGAACAAGUGCCAUGUUCAUGGCUUGCUUACCUUUCGCAUUGGGCACAAGUUACUACUUCUGGGCUUCUCCUGUUCCUCAAAUGGAUAUUCGUGGACCAAGAAGGAGACUGCUUACCACAUUACUUCAGGAUAACACAGAAAUCAUUGGCUAUGCAUUGGGGGUGAUUGCAGUUUUUAUUGCCUGGACGUCAAAGUUUCCUCUGAUUUUAAAGGCAUCUCGGGGCAAGAUUGAUUGUAUUCUCGAGAAAUGGGCUUUAAUACUUUCAAUUUUGGGAGGUUUACUAUAUGCUGCAGCAACUCUGGCACAUGAGAAAACUCCUGAGUUUAUCCUGCAGGCUUUACCAUGGCUGCUUAUCUUUCUUGGUGGUGCAGCUAUAGAUCUUUCUAUACUGUUCUUAUCAUGUUUACUGAAGCAUAAAACUACUCGCCAGCAGUGGGGUUUGGAAGUGGUAUUAGAAUCUGAUACUCUCUCUUUGUUGGAGUCUCCGGAACAAGAUGUGGAAGAAGAAGAGAUUCAAGAAGAAGCACAGAGUUCAAACUGGAUGCCACUGAACAUACCCCAGAAUAACAGAUAUUUGCGCAAGAUGGCAGAAAUAGGCCACUAUAUGGAUUUGAGCAUUGAACCAGUACAAGAGAUUGGAUUUGGUGUUAAAAGAUUACCUGGAGAUGGACAGACUUGUACAGAGAGAGGAAAAAGAGUCGAUAUCCAGUUAGUCCAUGAUCCCCCAAUGUACCCUCCAAAACAAGUUAUUCAUGCAAAUGUGUCCUCGUGUAGUUCAUCAGACGUUACUUCCAUAAACUCUGAACUAGAGCAAAAGUACUUGGAAGCCUUAAACUCAGAACAGUGGGACUUUGAAGACAUUCCUCAAGAAUGGAAAAUAACUGGAAAGCAACAAGAACAUAACCUAAACUAUCUUCCAGAUCACAGUCCAACGAUCAGCAUGAACAUCUUCCCUAACAGUAUUGCUACAAGUACACCAUCAGCUGGCUUUUGCCUCUCUGACACUGAAACGAUAAUGACUGAAGAAAGAACCUCUGCAAUUUUGGCUCAAUAUGAGGAAGAGGUCAAUAGGACCGAACGACGAUUAGCAAAGACUUUACUAUCUUGAUGUAAUUGUGAUUUUUUUUUUACAUUUUUAAAUAAAGACGUCAAAAUGUUUACAUGA